GACGUGGAGUGGUUGUCAUUGCGCCGCCGCUAACCUCUCUACCAGCCCCUUGGCCGUUAUUGCCGCGGUGUCGAAUCGACAAGUAGCCGAAGAAAACCGACGGUUGCGGAGAAUCGUCUCUCUGAUUUCGUCCGUCCAUCCGUGUGUACGUUUUCCGGCUGCACCGCGAACCUCUCGUUUUUGUCUCCAUUUUGUCACUGGCGUCGCGUCGAUUAUUCGAUUCGACUGUAACUUUCGAUAAUCGUUCGGUUUUCCGCGAGUCGCGUAUCGGUCGGUAAGGUGAACGCGGACGCGAACGCGAGUAUACAGCGUGGAAGAAGUGAAAAAAGAAGUCGGCGAAGAGAGGGCAAGAGGCAAAGCAUAGCAAGGAAGAGCUGGCAAGCGAGGAAACGAGAACGAGUGGAGGAGACGAGAGGGAAAGAGGACUACUACUCCUGGGGCCCCCCACCACGCGGGCUGCCGCCGCGACGCCAGUCCGUAGUCAGUCAGCGCUGGACCGCCGCCCGCUCGAUUUCGCGAUCCACGAACGACGGUAGCCACCACUUCCACCUCCACCUCCUCCUCCACCUCCGCUUCUUUUCUCUUUACCUUGCUCACGUUCUUGCCCUCUACCCCUGCAUUCUUUCUCGCUCUGUCCCACGCUCCUCCUUUUUUUAUUUUACCUUCUUCGUUUCUCUCUUCAUCGAUAUCCAUCCGCGUUUCUUCUUCGUCUCUGUCUCUCUCUCUCUCUCUAUCUCUCUCUCUCCCUUUCUCUCUCUUUCACUCGCUAUCUUUAUCUUUCUCGGCACUUUUCGCGAUCCUCUUCUCUUUCUGUUCCUCUUUUCCACCCUUGCGCUUUCAAUUGGUCUCCGAGGUAUACACACUCAGAAACGAGCACGCACACAGAUGCGAUCGCGUAUCGGUUUCUCCCCUUGUUUCUCUUGCUCUUUUCCAUUUUCCUCUGUCGAGCGAGCUUUCGCUAGCUCCGUACGUACGAACGUAAGUACGUACGGCGGAGUGUCGUGCGCGCGUCCCGAGUGGAUGCAAGGCGUCGUCGCGAGGCACACGUCCCGAUAGAUAAGUUAUCGCGCGAUCGUCGAAAUUCUAGAUCCUCCAACGGAGGAUCGGAUUUCGCGCAGCAACGGCUCGUUCCUCCGUCUUCGAGAGCCGCGCGUCCCGAUCUUCUUCUUUCGCCGUCACCGCUGCAACUUUUCGAAAGACGCGCAAAGUGAACCCGCGAGUAUCUGCCAGUGACACGGAGUCGGUCGACGAUAACGCGUGAACACGUUCACAAAGUGCGGAGUCGACGUUCGUCUCGUGCCGUUUCUUCCUCGAUGAUACACGCGGAGGAACGAACGAUCGCUUUCCGAUCGUUUUGGUGUCUCGCUCGCGACGCGCAACUUCCAGAAGACGCCACGUUUCUCACGUUUGUCUUGGAUCUUCCGUAGGUGCGGCAUACCCGACGUUCUCGUAACCUUCGUUCGAGCAAGCGUUCCCGUAUUUUCAAACAGUGAAGUAUACUGGAAGUUGGAAAAAAUCGUGCCUCGUCGAUUUUCCUCGAUCGCGAUACGACAGUGAUGUACACACGAUAAUAAUCACGCUUGGUGAUCACAAGAUCCAGAUUAAGAGUGAGCCGAUAGCGUAUGGAUCACGAAACUUGGCGACUUUCUGGGCUGUUCAAGUGUAAACAGUGCGCGACAUUCCGUGAAUCUAACUACAAUACCGAAACUAGAAAAUAUUCUCCUUGUAUACGAUCUAGCCCAUAACAGUUGCGUUGUUCGUGCUUACGUAGCAGUGUAUCGGGGCACCGAUAUAGGUGUGGUUUCCUCGUAAGAGAAAGAAAGAAAUCGGAGGACGAGAAUGACACCGAUCGUCGAUGCAUCGAUCGCAACAACGAAACGAUCUAUGGAAAUCGCGAUGAGGUAGUGCUCGUUGCGUAGACGCGUGUGGGUGACUGUAGUGUAUAGAAAAGGGGAAACUUGGAACAGUUUCCCGCGGAAGAUCUACGCCGGAUCUUCGAGUGAGAUCGCGACACACGACCGUCACAUGUUUGGGUUCCGAUCGACUGCGUUUAACGAGCGAAGACCUGGAGGCCACAGAGAGAAUCGAGCAUCCCCGAAGGACGCAGAUGCCCCGAAGGAAACAGCACGCUCCACAACGUAUGAAAUGUAAGUAGUGGUCUCCGAUCGUUUGAAAAGCGAGCGGCCCGCAGCCGUCGCACCGGACGGGAGACAUGCGCAGCAAGCAGCAGCCGAGGCCUUCUUUUCGGUGGCCGCAGCAACGCGGCGAUAAUCUUACCGGGGAGGACGGAGUCGAAGGCUCAGGGCCUGGCGCGGACCUCCAGGGCGAGGAAGGCGACUGCGUGGAGGAUGACGGCCCAAUUAGUCCUAGCGAGAGAGGUUGCACGACGGCAGCCAAAGAGGAAGAGGAUGGGGACGCGACCGACGAGGAAGACGACGAGGACGCAUCGCCGCCCACUCCACCGCCUUCCGCAACCGCGAGACUGAAUCCUACUAUUUUAAGGGACACUGGACCACCGGACAGGUAAAAAUCUCGAUUAACGUGCUUCGCGAUAAUUACGAAAGGAAACGGACCGAGACGAGGCGAAACGAAACGAAACGCGAAGCCUAUACUUAGGAAGAGACGAAGGCGCGACCGUCGAAAGUGGUAUGAACGUAAAUUUCAACGAACACGGUUCGCUUGAAACUCAUUAGUCGGUGCUUUACUGGCAGCAUGGUCAUAAACCGCCUAAAUCAACGAGAGCGCCGCUGCCGUUCUCUUUGAAGUUGCCGGCGUCGGGCGCCCCUCGUGUACACACACGGGUAUUCUCGUUGUUUGAGCGCAACGAAUCGUCACGGAUACGUGCGGCGCACGAGCGAGAGAACGGUGUAAACGUCGCGUCGUUCAAAGGAAACACGAAGGGGAGAGAGGCGAGGAGAUGCGGAGCGCACGAGGACAACAGAGAGAGAACGAAGGAGGGAUAAAUAAGCCGGUGCCAGACCGAUAUCGGUGACUGCCGUGCGACGUCAUACAGCUAAUAGAGAUAGGCACGUGUUACGCGUCGGCCUGCA